AUGCUCAAGAAGAUUAAAGAGAUCAUUCAACCCACAACGAACCCUGGCGGCCUCUCGUUUUCUCUUUCUUUGUCAAAGUCCAAGCGCAAAAUUGCCGCCCAAAUUCCUCCCAAUUCUGACAAAGAAGAAUACGACAAGAAACGCGCCCAAGCAAAAAUCGAAAAGUUGCAUCGCUUGUACACCCACGAACUAGAUGUUGAGCUGGUCCUCAAACAUCUCUCCAUAGAAGAAGAACACCGCGAGCACGUGACGUGCCCUUCUUCCGGCACCAGUACUACCAGCGCUACCAGUAUCACUACUAAUUCUACUACUACUACUAGUACUACUAGUACUACAGCUACCAGUGCCGCAGCCAGCGACAUGGGCACUUUCAGCACUGCUCCGACAAACGACACAAGCGCCAGCAAUUCGGACAAGGUUCGCCCUCCAGACCCUGACGCAGGGGCUGGUGCAUGCCUAGACCAUAUCCCACGCUUGCAUUCCAACAAUGUGAACUCUAAUAACAUACCUCAGGACAAAACGAAUAAGCAGAAGAAAAUCGAGGUAGUCAUGGUAGAGGUGCAGACGGCUUCAGCAUCUGUUACAAAUGGCACUGGCACUGGCACUGGUAAUGGUAAUGCCAAUGCCAAUGCCAAUGCCAAUGGCGUCAACACGGAGACAUGCACGCAGAGGAAGGUGAUUCUGGGCCAUUCUAACCCUGAACAGUCGGUGGUGAUCUCGUGCGGGACGCCGGAGAUAGUGGGCAACGGGUCCUUUGGAGUGGUGUUCAGGACGAACGUCAAGGAAACUGGAGAAGACGUUGUUAUCAAGAAGGUGUUGCAAGAUCGGAGGUUCAAGAACAGAGAAUUGGAGAUCAUGAAGAUGAUCAAGCACAGGAACUUGAUCGACUUGAAGUACUAUUUCCUAGAACAAUCGGACCAGGACUUGUAUUUGAAUCUAAUUGUCGAUUACAUGCCCAUGUCGCUAUACCAGCGGCUGAAGGAGUUCAUCUGCGUGCAUAGGCCCAUGGACCGCUACGAAAUCAAAAUUUACAUGUUCCAGUUGUUCAAGUCGUUGAACUAUUUGCAUCAGGUGGUUGGCGUGUGCCAUAGGGACAUCAAGCCACAGAACAUUUUGGUCGACCCGUCUACUUUUCUCUUGAAAAUAUGCGAUUUGGGUUCCGCAAAGCAGUUGAAGCCCAACGAGCCAAACGUAUCGUACAUUUGUUCGCGUUACUACAGAGCCCCAGAGUUGAUCUUUGGCGCCACAAACUACACUACAAAAAUAGACAUAUGGUCUGCAGGGUGCGUCAUGGCAGAACUGCUCUUGGGACAGCCUAUCUUCCCCGGUGAGUCAAAGAUCGACCAGUUGGUCGAAAUCAUCAAGGUUCUUGGCACCCCAACAAGAGACGAGAUCUGUGCCAUGAACGAAAACUACUCAGAACACAAGUUCCCACAGAUCAGACCCAUCCCAUUAAACAAGAUCUUCAAGAAAGAAACCCAGGAAACAAUAGACUUGUUGUAUUACAUCAUGAAGUAUGAUCCCAACAUCAGAUACAGUGCUCUCCAGUGCAUGUUCAAUUCAGAGUACUUUUCGGACAUACUCGACCCACAGAAAUCAAACGCUUCGCUAAUUGAGUCUCUACAGCUUCUAGACUUUGAAGAAAACGAGUUGGCUGGCCUGACGGCCGAAGACUUGGCAAGGUUUGGCGCAAAAGUAAUAAUACCAUCAAGCUGA